CUGCGCUUCAUCUUUGAGUCCCUGAAAAAAAUGGACUUCUCAGCAGUAGCUCUCAGUACCAGCGUAAAAGACUAUUCAAAUCCGCAACUCCUACACCGGCAUCUCUCCCAGGAAGAUAUCGAGUAUUUGCGGGAAGUAUUCAUCGAGCGUAAGCAGUUACUACCGGAGGAGCUGCGCUCGGAACUGCACAACCUAACCGGAGUGCAAUUCAAAGAUGAGGAUUUCGAGGCCUUGUUUAUGAAAAUCAAUACCGAUCAGGACAAUUUCUGUCAAUGGGAUGAACUGAUUAGCUACCUUAUCCUUGGAUUUCAAAACGACGAUCCACUGGCGGUACAAGAAUCAUUGGACCUACCCAUUUCUUCCGAUUUGGGUUUGAAACUUGGGCGACAAACCUAUCCAGUGACCAAAAUAGAGUACAGUCCAUUCGUAUCGUAUGAAGGUACAGUAAAUUGGUCUCAAGGGUCAUGGAUUACGUCAACUCGUGAAGCAGUUAUUAAUUUCUGGAAGCGGGAUUGGAAGCAUGAAAAAACUGGCAAGGCUUUCAGCGUUGACUUGAAACGAGCCAAAACGAUGAUCCUGGACACGGCCGUUCUUCCCGAUCAAUAUAACUUCUGCGUAGCUUGUCUGGAAUGUGAACUUCGCUUUUAUGACAUCAUCGCAUCUGGGUUUACCCUGAAAACCAUCGUGAAUAGAAUUCCGCACGCAAUUAACGCUCUAUUCUAUCACUUUGCACCGAAUUCCAGAAGCAAGCUGAUACUGGGGGACUUCAUCGGUUUCGUGCGGAUUAUUGAGUUUUAUCCGGAGAAAAAGGAACCGUUCAAGUUCGAUGCCGGUUCCGCUAUUACUAGGAUGAGCUUUCGCGAUCUGAUGAGCGGUCACUGUCCACAGAUGCUUUGCAUAGAUUAUGGUCGUUUGCUACCGGAUGUUGUGCAACAAGUUAUGUUUGUUGAGGCAACCAACUGUGUUUUGGCAUGUUCUGAAAACAACCCACUGGUUCCGCAUAAUCAGCGAAAUAAACUGCAAAAGUCGCUGGUAAUUCAACACUGGGUCAAUCAUGACAAAAGGACAGAGUUCAAAGUUCCGAAAGGUGUCGCUUGCUUUGCGUUCGAACACUUGAAGGACUUGCUGGUUACUGGAGGUCCUGAUGGACAGCUAAGAUUGUGGGACAGCCGUCGACCAGAGAAACCAACAGUGGUGCUUCCCGGGCAUAAUGCAGGAGUCGUAUUUCUUUUCCUGCAGGAUGAAGCUCUGAAGAUAUACAGCAUGGACCAAAAAAAGAUUGUUAAGAUUUGGGAUAUGCUAAACAGAGUAUUAAUUCAAACGUAUAGUGGUUUUGCGACUAAUUUGUAUAAAACAGUUCCGGCAUGCGCGUUGUACAGCGAAGCAAGCCGAGAGCUACUUGUUGGUGCCAACAAAGUGUUGUCUGCAACAUGUUGUCCUAAAAUUCCGCUGGAGGUUACCGACGGUGAGAGCCACACCCAACCGAUUUCAGUUCUUUUAUAUAAUCCACUGUUCAAAGUUGUGAUCAGUUGUGGCCUAGACAGUUUCAUAAUCGUGUGGGAUCACACGGUUAACCGAAAACUGACCGUGAUAACAAACGCACACACCCAAAUCGUUAACGGAUUACAGGAAAAAGUCCAAAUAACUACUGCCUGUUUCGAUCCAAAAUUACAACUGCUGCUGACUGGUGCUCGCGAUGGCACGAUGAAAAUCUGGAACUUUAACAGUGGCUCUCUCAUGAGCUCUAUGAGCAUCGAGCCAGAUUGUGAAGUAACCGCCGUAUUCUGGGAACCUACCAGUAUUCUGGCAAUGGGUUGGAAUUGCGUCGUUUGCGAGUUCCCUGUUGGUCAAUCCGGAAUGGACUUCCCUAGUAACGUAGAGUGGCAAAAGCUCCACUCGGAUGACAUUCUUGGUGCAGCAGUAACUCAUAGUGAGCCGAGGGCAGUGGCCACCUGUAGCUAUACGGGAGAACUGAUCUUCUGGAUGCUGCAAACAGGACAACCAUAUCGCAGAUUCGACGCUGCCAAACCUACCAUUAAAAUUCCAGUUAAUUUCCGCCGCCAGAUUAAACCGCAUCCACCACGAAGAACAACUCGAACGUCAAUUUUUCUGCCACAGGAACACUGGAAACACCGUAGAUUGACUAAGAUUGAGAUGCCGGUAACGGUGGAACAGUUGAGACAACUAACUAUUAACACGAUGCUAUUUUUGGAAAAGCGCCUAAUGCAUCCGGAAUAUGGUACACUGAUGGCGUCGUUGGACACGGGAAUUAUACAGGUUUACUCACACCAUCCGGAUGGAGGUUUCCUGGGAUCCUUCAGAACCAGCCACAUGGCGGGCGAUCGAGUAGUUACAAUGACAACGGACGCGCAGAACCGCUUCCUUUUCACUGGAUCUUAUCUAGGAUAUGUGAAGAUUUGGUUAAUUGAAAACUAUUUCAUUCCGGAAGCAAAACAGUCUAAAAUCAAUCGAGCUGCAUUGAGACUACAAUUUUCCUUCUUGCAUGAAGAUGUGAUACCUGGUCGAGCAAAACGUUCGGUGACACACCAAGCAGACCCAUGGCUCUUAAAUUCAUAUCAAGCUCACCGAAACUGUAUCACUGCUCUAGUUUACAUGGAAUCUACCAAGGUUCUAGUAAGCGCCAGCAGUGACCGAACGAUUCGUAUGUGGUCACUCAACGGGCAGUACAUUGGACUGCUGGGUAGUCCAGUAAAGUGGGCCGCACUUAAUCCGGAUGUCCCCAUUCCAACGGGGUACCAAUUCCGGAUUCCACCGGACCUCCAACGGGAAGUUAGUUUCACUACGGCUCAAGUUUUGAGAGGCGGCGAGCGGGUAAUCAAAUUCAAGAGUCGCAUACUGCAAGAAGCCAGUGAGCGUCGUCGUACAGAAGCGAUUGAAACCUAUGGGAAACCGCUGGAAGAUCCAAUUUUGAAUCCAAACGUUUUUCCCUACAUGGAGCGAUCUGGUUACGUACCGGAUCCUAAGAUGGACUAUUCGUUUCAAGUUGCGCCUAUUUUUGAACAUUUGAGCAUUCAAAAUUUGCUCAAGUUGAAACCUGUCGACUCCGAGAAUGCGAUCAGAAGGGUAAAGGAGCUUGAUUUUUCCCAGGAUGGAGACCGAAUUGAUUCGUAUAACGAAAAAGACCAACAGGUAUCCCAAUUCAGUUUUAAGCCAGAGUGA